UAUACUUGACAAUUUUCUACGAGCAAACAUUGCAUUAUCGAGUAUUGUAUUCUUCUUGGUUGGGCAUAUCUUCAUCACUAACUUUGUUUGUAAACAUAUUUCAUUGACAUGGAAGAACAUCCGGAACGGUCCCCUUCCCCUUCUCCAGCACCAUCUUUCUCCAGUCUCCCACCUCCGAGACAAUCGCACCGAGAACGAAAGCCUACCCAAAAGUCACAAAACAAUACAGAAUAUGAGGUGCCACGAGAGAAAGCAUCUAGCGAACAAGGACCUCAGACGCCCCAAGAGGACAAAGCAGAUGAACACCUUUCAACUACGGUUGAUGGUCGCGCUGAUUCAAGAUCCUCGAAGAGACGGUCGAACGUCAAAUACGUCCAGCCAAGAUCGAACGCCAAGACGCCUACCCCACAGACUCGGUAUCAAGGGCACUUGCAGAUAGAGAAUGAAGAGCAUGAGGAGUGGCUUCGAAAUCGAGGAGGUCGAGCUACGCCAUCCAGGAACAAACAGGCAAAGAAAGUAAGCCAGCGCCGGCAGACAUCGCGGGUGAGCAAUGCAAAGAGAUUCGGGGAAGCUGCGAAAAUAGCACAACCAGGAGAUAUUGACCCAUUGGAGAUUCGACAACUAAUCUCCUACAAACGGCGACCAUUAGGACUUCCAGUGCCUAAAUAUGUCAACCCCAGAAUGAUGCAAUUCAUACCUGAUGUCAGUGAGAAAAGUUUUUUGGCAGAUGAGAUCCGUCGGGAACUUUCAGCACAUCGCCAGGAAGAUGAGAUUCGUCUGCAAUUAUCCUCACUUCGCCAGGAAGCUGCUGUACUACCAGAAGGAGAGGAGCGAAAUGAAGAGGCAUUUCCGCUAAUAUCUCUAAGCCAUAGCUGGGACAUUGGGGACCCUGAAAUCCCCCUAUCACUUUCCCUGGCUGGCCAUUCCGAGACGACCUGGAACAGUCAAGCCACGCAAAUACAAGCUCCGUUUUUAACGGGCAAGGGCAAUCGUUUAAUGGAGGUAGAGUGGGACUUCAUAUCGCUACAUCGUCGUAUUACUUUCAAAAGUCGUUUCCAGGAAGCUUGCCGGGGAAUGAUAGUACGGGGUCUCGAAGAACGUCUCCAGGAAGCUCGUCGUCUGGAGCAACAACUUCGUCUCGAAAUUGGUUACGAGGAAGAACGUCCAAAUUCCAACAGUUCCAACAAUCCGUGGCUUUAGCCAGCAGUCCACAACCUCUUUGAUCCUCACUCCUCAUCCUUUGCAAAUCAACGAUCCGGCGAAAUGACUUCUUCCUCUUCUAAAGCCAUACCAAAAGCACCACCAGACACGGGUCCGCCAUAUCCGACAUACGAAAGCC